UUUAGAUACUCUGGGCGUGCAUGAUUGCGUCACCUCACAGGAAGGUGAUAUGAGGAGCGUUGCCAGAGUGCUGUGCCAGACCCACCUUCUCACCUCCACCACUCUCAGCAUGCAUACCAAGUGUCGCGGUGGGGCAUAUCCUUUCACCAAGGACAAGGUGCAGCGAGUCCAAAUACCAGACAGCAAGGUGGACUGGGAUGUUGAGUUUGCAGAAUACUUGCCGCCAUGCUACACUGCUCCACACAUACUAGCUGCACCUCCCUAUGCUGACCCAGAGAUAGGAGCUGCCGGCUUCAAACCAAGGUGGAAUGCAUUGGAUGGCAGAGUGAGUCGCUGUUCCCAUGUGAAACCUUAUGAUGUGGUGGACGGCUUUCCGCGGAAUGUGUGUGGCCGGACAGGAGUGGCAGGGCGAGGUGCUCUGGGACGGUGGGGACCCAACCAUGCCGCAGAUCCCAUUGUGACACGGUGGAAGGUGGCUGAUGGCAAGGCAGUCAUUCAUGAGAAGACCAGAAAACCAAUCCUGCAGUUUGUUUGCAUCCAGCGUCGGGACAGUGGGCACUGGGCCAUUCCCGGUGGCAUGGUGGACCCUGGUGAGCGUGUCACCACCACCCUGCAGCGGGAGUUCCUGGAAGAGGCACUCAACUCCCUGGAGAUGACAGAGAAACAGAAGGAGAAAAGUGAAAAGCAGCUCAAGGAACUUUUCAAAGGGGGCGUUGAGAUUUACUCUGGAUAUGUGGACGACCCUCGCAACACUGACAAUGCCUGGAUGGAGACGGUGGCUUUUAACUUUCAUCAAGAUGACCUGCAGGGUGUGUUGUACUCAAUGCUGCUCCAUGCCGGGGAUGAUGCCAAGGCUGUCAAGUGGCAGGACAUCAGCAGCACACUGAACCUCUAUGCCAGUCAUGAGGACAUGAUAGAGAAGGUAGCACAUAGGCACCAAGCUCACUGGAGCAGAAACCUGGCAGUCCUGCCAACCUGUGUAUGUGUAUUUUGUUUGCUUGUCUGCACCACACACUGAUGAGUAAACAAGGUGAGGAAUGUUGGGAAUAUAUAAGUGGUGACACAGUGCAUUGAAAAUAUGGUUUUGUACUCCUGAGUGAAGUUGUUAUGCACAGGAGUGUGUUGGUGCAUCUGGAUUGCCUCAAACUUUAAAGAAAAUAAUAUGAAAUUAGUAAAAUUUCCAUAUAAAAUAAUAUCACAUGAAUACAAAUCCUAAUGUACAGAUCUUACAUUUGAGCAAGUACAGUGGUACCUCGUGAUUUGAACUUAAUUGUUUUUUUUUGGCCUGUUUGAAUUGACAAUAUUUGAAUUGGGAAGCAACUUACCCCAUUCAAAUUAAUGUAAAAAGAAUUCAUCAGUUCCAGAUCCUAAAAUCCACCCUUUUCAUUUAUUUUUUAUUUAUUUAUUUUUUUAUGGGUUAUGUUGUGCCCUAAACAUAGAAUUGAAUUAAAAUAACCUAAAUUAUAUAUAGAAAAAAAUAUAGUAAAAGAAAACGUGAACCACUGUACAUUUUGGCGUAUAAGAUGGCACUUGAAUCAUCCUAAAAAAAAGACAAAAAGUGGAUUGUCCUGUGCAUCAGAUACAAAAACAAGUAUCUUAAAAUUUUAUGCAAAAUAGCAUUGUAAAUAAACACCAACCUCAAAAUGACAAGUCAUCAAAAGUUCCUGGCAUCUUCAGUCUUGAAAACAGUUGUAGUGCACACAAUUUUGAUUUUCUUUUAAAACUCUCUCUCUCUCUCUCUCUCUCUCUCUCUCUCUCUCUCUCUCUCUCUCUCUCUCUCUCUCUCUCUCUCUCUCUCUCUCUCUAUGUGUGUGUGUGUGUGUGUGUGAAAGUAAGAAAAA